AUGUCAAUGAACAUAGAAUCAAGCCUAAGAGAUCAAGAGGAAAUGGAUACCACCAUGGAAAUCGAAUCAUCAUCCAUACCUCAACCGAAGAACAAUUACAAGAGAUGGGUUCGUAUCUCCAUCUAUGUAUUCUUUGUCCUCUCCUGCCAAGCACUUUCCACAAUUCUAGGCAGGUUGUACUAUGAAAACGGUGGUAAGAGCACAUGGAUGGGAACACUUGUCCAGCUAAUAGGCUUCCCUGUUCUGUUUCUCUUCCGGUUCUUUUCCCAAAUCAAAUCAACAGAUACAAGUUUCAGACAGUUUCCUUCCUUCAUCACCCUUGGAUCAGUUUACAUUGUCACUGGACUGUUAGUCUCUGCUAACUCUUACAUGUCCUCUGUUGGGUUACUCUACUUACCAGUUUCCACUUUCUCCCUCAUCUUGGCCUCACAGUUAGCCUUCACUGCCUUCUUCUCUUACUUCCUAAACUCCCAAAAGUUCACUCCUUUCAUCGUCAACUCUUUGUUUCUCCUCACUGUUUCCUCUGCACUCCUCGUGGUCAACACUGAGUCUCAAAGCACAGCAAAAGUUUCAAGAGCAAAAUAUGUGAUAGGGAUCAUAUGUACCAUUGGUGCUUCUGCUGGGAUUGGACUGCUUCUAUCUCUGGUGCAACUCAUCCUCAGGAAGGUUUUAAAGAAGCACACGUUCUCAACGGUCAUGGACUUGGUCGCGUACCAGUCUCUAGUUGCAAGCUGUGUGGUUCUCAUAGGUUUGUUUGCAAGCGGUGAGUGGAGAACUUUGACUGGUGAGAUGGAAAGCUACAAACUUGGGAAGGCGCCGUAUGUUAUGACUUUGGCCUCCAUAGCCAUUUCUUGGCAAGUCUACACCAUUGGUGUUGUGGGAUUGAUCUUCGAGUCGUCUUCUGUGUUCUCCAAUUCAAUAACUGCUGUGGGAUUGCCUAUAGUUCCGGUUGUAGCAGUGAUAGUGUUCCAUGAUAAGAUGAAUACGUCAAAGAUCUUCUCCGUCAUUUUAGCUAUAUGGGGCUUCAUUUCGUUCGUCUAUCAGCAUUACCUCGACGAAAAAGAGUUGAAGACUAUCCACACAAAUCCUGUAGGAGGUUCUCGUCUACAUGUUGAAGAAGGUCACGCAGACAUACAGAGCGUAUGA